CACAGCUCGUCUGUCUUUUGCUGCACUGGAUCUGAGGAUCAUGUCUCGCUGUAAGAAGAUUUCAGUCGUUGUCCUGGGAAGUGAAGAUCAUUUGAAGAAAGCCCUAAUAAGCCUCAUCCUAGAGAAUGAGUUAUCUCCACUGUCUAAAACUGAUCUGAAAAAAGAUAACUAUAGAAAUGAAAAUGAUAUAUGUGUGUUCACGUGUGCAGCAUGGGAUGACUUAAGAAAAGUAUUUGCUGAUAAUCCAGACCCUGACAUGUCUUUGUUGGUGGUAAAUAAAGGGUUUUCAAAGGACACUGUCUGCCAGCAAGUAGAACAUCUGCACAAAGAAACUAUAGAACGUACACGGGAGUUCAUAGUUGUGCAGCCCUUCGGCUGUAAGGAGUCUUACCCAUUCAAAUGCUACACCAUCGAUCAACUUUUCAGUGAACUGAUCCAACUGGCUAAUGACAGAAAUCUGAUGCCCACCAACACGAGCCCUGCUGACCAACCUGGGUCAUCUACACCAACAUCAGCCUCCCCAAUGAUAGACGGUUUCACUGACCCCAGGAAGAGGUUAAAAAGAAAGCACUCUGGCACCGAAGUGAACCUUGUUCUGCUGGGAAUGGCCGGGACUGGGAAGAGUGCAAGUGGAAACACAAUCCUCAGAAAGAAAGAAACAUUCACAUCAAAACCCAGUUCAUGUCCAGUCACCACAGAGUGCCAGGAGGUAAAAACUGUGAUAGGUGGUAGACGUGUACGUGUCAUUGAUACCCCAGACAUCUUUGAUGAUGAGAUGAAAUCGUCAAUUAAGGAACAUGUGAGAAAGGUGAAAGAGCUCUGUCAGUCAGGGCCUUGUGUGUACUUACUUGUGAUGCAUGUUAGCAGAUUUACAGAUGGAGAGAGAGGCAUACUGAAAAAGUUGGAAACAGCUUUUGGCAGCAAAGUUAGAGAACAAACAGUCAUCCUGUUUACUCGUGGGGGAGAUCUAGAGCAAGGAGGAAUGAGCUUUAAAGAGUUUUUGGAUGACUGCCAGCCUGACCUUCAGAAAAUAGUAGAGAAGUGUGGCAGAAGGCAUGUUCUUUUUGAGAACAGUGCUUCAGGUUCAGAUCAAGUGGAAACGCUGAUGCAGAUAGUGGACGGGAUGUUAAAAAAAAAAGAAACGUAUGGGACGUAUAAGGACAGGCGCAUAAAGGGCCAGGACAGAAUGGGCUGGGAUUGAAUCGUUGUUCCGUCUAGAUAGACAUAGACUACAUGGGAAAUGAUUCAAUACCUUGAAGGGGUUGAUUACACUUUACUAAUCACAUUUAGAUUUUCUUUUUACUUUGCUUUUUAAUUAACAGCAUUUAAUCAGAGAUGUAUAUGUUGUUCAUAGUUAUGUUUGUCUGAAAUAAGUUAAUGGAUUUUGUCAAAUAAACCAAACGUAAAUUUUUACUCUGUAUAAGAGCUCUAUCUUUCUCAUGUUGUUAACCUUUGUAAACUGUGAUGACAUAAACAAUACAUUUAACAAUAAAUAAAGGUGUGUUAUAAACUCA